UCUGGUUCUGGCACUUCCAUGUGCACUUCCCACACUCGGCGUAGGAAUUUAACGAGCCGCAUUUCGCUGCCCGCAUUUUCGGAGGGAGGUUUGUAGCGUAGUAGACUAGAGCUUACUUGUUUCCAUCUGACAGAGCGGAUAUGGGUCCCGAAAAGGACGUCGAUCCGAAACAACCCGAGCCGGCGGCUGCGAGCGAGAAAUCAAGUCAGGCUGUUGAUGGCCAAGAAAAGAAUACUGGCGGAGAGAAUGCUGCUGCGUCAACCCCUGCACCUGUGUCGACUGAGGCAACCAAGCAGGAGACGGAACAGUCUACUGAAGCAAAGGAUGAAGCAGGUGCUGCUGAAAGAGCUGGAGAAGGCCAGGAGGGCAGGAGACGAGCGUCAAACCGGGCCAAUGGGCGUGUGAGUGAAGGCAGUCUCAGUGGCCGUCCCAAGCGGCGCAAGCCCAGAAAGGAGGGGGAGAGCCACAGCCAAAGUGAGCCCGAGGGCAUUGACCGGGAAGGAGGAACUCCAUCUCGGGGUGGGCCCCGUCCUUACCAGCGACGCGUCCCUCGGGACCGUUCAGACACAAGGCCACGUGUUGAUGUGGAUGAAAGCAUCCCCGAGUCACAUCGUUACGUCUGGGCUGAUGACAUGUGCAAGCGUUCAUUGUACAUUGGGAACAUGUCAAGCCAGGUGACCAAGGAUGAAGUUCGUGCCCUGUCAGAUGCCAUCCGCAGUGUCCGCUUUGUAAACAGGCGCAGUGCAUUCCUGGACUUUGAGAGCCCAGAGGUGGCUACUGCACAGCUGGAGCUCCUGCGCAGCAUGCAGCUCAAGGGGCAGCCAGUGCAGGUGGAGCCUAGCAGACCCCGGAGCAGUUCCACAUACAAGUCGGACCGCCUGCUGUAUGUGCGAGGGUUUCCUGAUGACAAAGGCAUGGAUGCCCUUGGGCCGCUGUUUCCCGAUGCCUUGCUCAUUGACCGCCGUGAAGGCAAAGUGCUGCUGAGAUUCAAGGACCAUGAAAGUGCCAUAAGUGCCAUCAAAGAAGUUAUUGCUCAUGAUGGGACAGACUACAAGUUCAGCUUUGCUGCUGCUCGUCCUAGAUGGAACCGCCGGGGUCCGCCCCGAGCAGUGUGGCGUAGGCACCCCCAAGGCAAGUUCAUCAAGCAUGAGACAAGGCAGGACUGAAUUCUGCUCACCCAACUGCCAGCCAUUCUCCUUGUUCUAGCAAGUGGUGGAAAGGGAAGGAAGGAAGCACCAAGAAAAGGAAGCCAUGUGCAAUAAUGAUGCCAAGGUGAUGUUAAUGGAUUGUCAGAGUCUAGAUUGUUGAGAAACAUUAAAUUUUUUGUUUUUCUUAAGUUAUUUUAUAUUUUUUAUUUUGUUUUUAUAAGGACAACAAAUAAAGAGUGCCUUAGCAGUACAA